GGGGGCCGCACGCUGAAAAAGUUUAGGAACCACUGUACUAUUUGGUUGAGCUAUGUUAUGCCAAAAAAAUCCACUAGAUGUCAGUGUGUCAAUCAACAGCAUGUCACAACACAUCUUCAUGGAUGAAUGUCAGAGAGAAAGAAAUCACUCCUGCCACGUGAACUGUUCUUGUUGAAAUUUUGCAAGGAAAGCAUAUUUUUUGAUAUAUUACACUGUAAGAGCCCUAACUUUACAAAAUUAUGUUACUUAGUGCCAUAAAAAAACGUUCCUAUGUUUACACCAGACGACUCUGGGCCGAAUCUGCACCGGAGCUGCUGACUUCGGCGUGGAUUCGGACCGGAGUCGUCUGCUUUCUGGCUCACAGUCAUACUUCAAAAGAUUUUGAAGAAACAUUUCAAUGAACUAACCUUAAACUUUUUAACAGUAAUGUAUUGGUUUAAGACUCCCAGGGCUUAAUGAUACAGUAAUAAAGUAGAAAGUAUGUGAGAAAGAUUGGAUCAGCAGAAUCAAUUAUUCAUUCAUUUAUUCAUUCAAUCAUGGAAUUCUUAAAACUUAGUUAAUAGUAGCAUGAUAAGCAUUAGAACUACACUUGUUUUUUUUACAAUAUACAUUAAAAUAAAUAAACUGUAAACCGUUUCAUUUACUAAUUAACUACUUGGGCUUAUUUCGAAAUCCAAUGAAAUGAAGUUGCAACCACAUCUUUCAUACUUUGAUCAAAUAAGGUACAGCUGAUGCGACAGUGACCUUAGUUAACACUUAAGUUAUAGGUAGUGAGUAUACUUAUGUCCAUGUGUAAGAUUGAUGCUAAUGGUUAGUGCGUGUGUGUGUGCGUGUUAAUAGGUAGCACCAGUGUGUGUUUAAGUAAAUGAUUCACUUUAAGUGUGUCCAUGGAUGUUUUUUAGACUCCCUUAGUCGCAUUAGGUUUGUCAGCUAACACAUCUGUGCGCUCUCUGAUUAUAAGUGUGUGUGUUCAGUCGUGUGUUCGGUUGUGCAGGCAGGUGUGUGUGUGUGUUUGUAAGUGUUUGAAACUACAAGCAAGGGAAGUCUCUCAUCUGCCCUGUUGUUUUUACGUAGGUGCAAGUUUGCUUCAUUAAACUGAUGUGUUUAAUCAUCAAUUCACACACCGAGCUGACUGACCAGAACGCUCUGUGUCUUCUCAUCCCUCCCUGUCCUGUUGUCUUAGUCUGCGUGUAGCGUACGUGAAGGCAGGACAUGGCGUCCAACUCCACCACCAAAUUUUUCGCAAUUUCCCAGUCGUUCAGCGUAUCUGAUAUCAUCGUGAUCGGGGCGUAUUUCUUAUUGAACAUUGGAGUUGGGAUAUGGUCAUCUUGCAGAGUUAGCAGAAAUACACUGAGCGGAUAUUUCCUGGCUGGCAGGGACAUGGCUUGGUGGCCGAUCGGGGCAUCUCUGUUUGCCAGCAGUGAAGGUUCAGGAUUAUUCAUUGGUCUGGCUGGUACAGGAGCUGCGGGGGGAAUCGCUGUGGCCGGGUUUGAAUGGAAUGCAACUUAUGUCCUCUUGGCUCUUGCCUGGAUCUUUGUCCCAGUUUAUGUCUCUUCUGGGAUUGUCACCAUGCCAGAAUAUUUGGGUCGGAGGUUUGGAGGAGAAAGGAUUCGCAUGUACUUGUCAGCUCUUAGUUUGAUGUUGUCGGUGUUUACUAAGAUUUCAACAGACCUGUAUUCAGGAGCUCUGUUUGUCCAGGUUUGUUUGGGUUGGAAUCUUUACCUCUCCACUGUACUCAUGUUAGUGGUAACGGCACUCUACACGAUUGCAGGCGGCUUGGCUGCUGUAAUCUACACCGAUACUCUUCAGACCUUCGUCAUGAUCAUUGGAGCAGUCAUCCUCACCAUCACAGCAUUUAAUAAGAUCGGAGGCUACAAUAACCUGGAGAGUGUGUAUUUGAAAGCCAUACCAUCGAAGAUCAUCCCAAACACUACAUGUCACCUGCCCAGAGCUGAUGCCAUGCACCUGUUCAGAGACCCUGUUCAUGGAGACUUACCCUGGCCAGGCAUGACACUGGGCUUAACUAUUCUUGCAACAUGGUACUGGUGCACAGAUCAGGUAAUCGUGCAGAGGUCUCUGUCAGCCAAGAAUCUGAGUCACGCCAAAGGAGCGUCCAUCUUUGCCAGCUACCUCAAGAUGCUUCCCAUGAUCUUCAUCAUCCUACCUGGCAUGAUCAGCAGGGCCCUCUACCCAGACACAGUGGCCUGUGUUGACCCUGAGGAGUGUCUAAAGGUGUGUGGUGCAGAGGUGGGCUGUUCCAACAUCGCUUUUCCAAAACUGGUCAUCGAACUCAUGCCAAGCGGUCUCCGGGGUUUAAUGAUAGCUGUAAUGAUGGCUGCCCUGAUGUCAUCACUGACCUCCAUCUUUAACAGCAGUAGCACACUCUUCACAAUGGACAUUUGGAAGAAAUAUCGUAGAGGUGCCAGUGAGAAGGAACUGCUGCUGGUUGGCAGGAUAGUGACUGUAAUUCUGGUGGUGAUAAGUGUGGUUUGGAUCCCAAUUCUUCAGAGCGCCAACAGCGGUCAACUUUACGUCUACAUCCAGUCAGUGACCAGCUAUCUGGCCCCUCCUGUGACGGCCAUAUUUGUAUUGGCUGUUUUCUGGAAAAGAACCAACGAGGCGGGAGCAUUCUGGGGCCUGAUGGUGGGUUUAACGGUGGGACUGACACGGAUGAUCCUAGAAUUUGCAUUCCCUCCCCCCCGCUGCGGUGUGUUUGACCCUGCACCUGCCGUCCUAAGAAGAGUACACUACCUGCACUUUGCCAUUAUUCUCUGCGGCCUUACUGCUAUUGUCGUUGUUGUGAUUAGUCUGCUUACUCCACCACCCACUGAAGAACAGAUGCAUAAUCUGACGUGGUGGACUCUGAACCACACCAGUGAAAGAGAAAUCGCUCUACAGAAAGUAUCCACGCUAAGCCGCAGGACAGAAGGCUGCGAGUCUGUAAGCAGGGGUAAAUGUGUUCGCACUGCCGGGUUCUGUAGUCCCCGACCAGGGCGACUUGCGCCUGGGACUCCGCCUCCCAGAAUCCCAACCAUCAGAGAGGAUCCCUUCUGGUCUCGCUUCUGCUGCGUCAAUGCCAUCAUUCUUGUGAGCAUUAACAUCUUCCUGUAUGCUUACUACGCGUAAUGCGCACAUGCAAAUGUCAGACGCAUCUGUUUUUGUCCAUACAUGCAUCAUUUUGCUCUUCCACGAGUGAUUACAGUAAAUCUGAUGCCAGCAUGAUUGGAUAAUGCAUUCAUUGCAGUGGUUAAAUCAUGAUACAGUAUGACAUAUGACGGAUAUAACGGUUGAGUUAUCCCUUUUUAAAAAUACAUAGGUGUAAAAUAGUGAUCCAAAAUCCUUUCCAAAAUUCCAUAUGCAGUUCAGUGUGAAAAGACCUUACCUUAAUUAAAUAAGCUUAUUUACAACUAGGGGGAAUGUCUAAUAUGUAUAAUGUUAAUGUGUUUUUAAUUUAGCUUUUGAUAUGAAUAAGCUUAAAGCUGAUGUUUCUCAUUUUUUUUCUAUCUGAGCUUAAUAUCCAGACAAAUAUAAGUAACCUAUUGAGUUUCCCGAAAACUGAUACUUGAGCUUUCAAAACAUUAAUCUGAUUCUUGGAGAUUAAAGUUGAUCAAGUCAUAUGCAUUAGAUUUUGGUAUUAGUUUAAGUGUCUGUCACGUUUAAAAACUUAACAUUAUCCGACACUCCCAAAUGGGUGGGUAUAAGUUUAAACUCCAGGCAGUCGAAAUAAAUAAAAAGUGAUUAUAAGAUGUAAUGUAAUAAUGUAAUGUACUGUACUGUUGAUAAAUCACUAUGUAAUGUGCCUUAAUAAUAAUUAUAUCUAUAAUAGCGUGAGAAUAUCUUGGGAGUAAAGACAGCUUGUAAAUGAUUGUAAGGGCGUUACAUUUUACUAACAAGGUUAUAAAAAGAAUAUUUGAGCUUGUGUUUGUGUGUGUUUUACAAUGAAAACUGAAAUGUACAUGCAAAUAAUUUAUGAGGUAUAUAAACACAUCAGAUGUUGGAAACACAAGAAAAUGUGGUAACACUUUACAAUAAGAUUGUAUGUGUGUAAACAAACUAGUUAAUGCAUUAGCUAACAUAAACUGACAAUGAAAAAUACUUCUACAGCAUUUAUUAAUCUUUGUUCAUGUUAAUUUCGGCAUUUACUAAUGCAUUUAUCAAGCGUUGUAACCAGGGGCGGAGCCAGACAUUGUAGACUUUGGGGGCUUAGCCAAAUCUAGGGGUUCCAAAGCAUGGUCUCCUGCUAAUAAUGUUUCUCCAUUUAUGGCAGCUUUAUAAACUUUUUUAAUCUAAGUGUUCUCUGUAUUAUCAUUUUGAAACUGUAACAUGUUUUGACAAUGAUACUUUUACUUCUCUUAUUCAAAAAUAGGCAAAAUAUGUUUGCUGUAAUCCAGUAACUAUGAUGCUACAUAAGAAAGAAUAACAACUGACUUCAGCAGAACAAUUUCUGCUUAAUGGAAUCUCUCUCUCUCUCUCUCUCUCUCUCUCUCUCUCUCUCUCUCUCUCUCUCUCUCUCUCUCUCUCUCUCUCUCUCUCCCUCUCUCUCUCUCUCCCUCUUUGCACUAACAAUUAUCACACAUAAGCAUAUGUAAUGUAAGAGAUUGAGGAUUCACAUUUUAUAACUGUCCAUCAAUGAAUUUCUGAGGUAAAAUCAUUGUGAAUUUCAGUGAAAUGCAUAAGGGCAAAACAUAAGCUGCCUAAGUACUGUAACUAUAUACUUUCUCACCUUCUUACUUCUGACGUCUUUAAAAAAAUCGUACAUCCAUCUAUAAAAAAAGAGAUAAAUGAUAUGUGCAAUGAGUUUAUUUUUUCAAAGUUUUAAUUCACUGUGAUUAAAUGUACUUUAAAUAUCACAUUACCAACGACAGUGUGCAGCAGAGGAGGCAGACUAGACCAGAGCGCAUCAGCAGACGUUAGGCAUGCAGAUAAUAUAUCAGUUGACGCUAUUUAACAGUAUUUACAUCACAAAACUAUUAAUAUACACUUUUACAGUAAUAACGAAGGCACUGUAAUAAUAAACACUAUGAAAAUGCGUUUACUGUGGGGAGAAUCAGCAUAUUAAUUUGCCUUUAACUUGAAUCUCUUAUUCGUUUUAACUUGAGUGGACCGGGGUGUUUUAAUCUGAAUGUCGCCACCUAGCGUACUGGAUGAAUUCAUUUUUACAGAUCUGAAAAGAUUCGGGGCUUUUGACAAAACAUUCGGUGCUUGAGCCCCAGAAGAGCCCCCCUCCCUCUGCCCCUGGUUGUAACUGUUUACAUUGUUUAUUGUUUGUUCAUGUUAGUUAAUACAUUUACUAAGGUUUACUAAUACGACAUUAAUGUAAACUGUUAACGAAAAUGUUACUAUUGAUUAAUGCAAGUGAUGUGGGGGUUUGAUAACAUUGUAUUGCUAAUUUAUUGGUAAUGGCAUGAAGCAUAAAAAAAGUUUAAAAGACAAAUUAAUUAAAAAAAAACAUUUAAGUUAAUAUGUUUAUGCUUUACCACUGUAGAAAGUGAAAAGUUACUUCAACUGGUAAAACUUAAA